AUGCGCGAGAGGUUCUACCCAACACAUGUGCGCGCCGCCAUGUAUGAAGAGUUUCUCCACCUGCAGCAAGGAUCCAUGCCUGUGGCUGAAUACUACAAGAGGUUCUUGGAGUUGACACGUCUUGCGAGGAUGUUUGUGCCUACAGAGCUCGCUAAAGUCGAGAAAUUCGUGGCCGGUCUGAACUAUGAGGCGCGAAAAGCUUUGACUAUGAGUAGGCCGAGUUCUCUUAAGGACGCUUACGUGUGUGCCGCCGAUCUGUAUCGCGUGCAGCAGCUUCAGAGAGGAUCGUUCGAGCAUGCUAGGAAGAGGACCGAGGGCGGAGGUUCUUCUACCUUUAAGAAGCCAAGACCGAGUUUCCAGGCCAAGAACGUGUCAUCUUCUUCUCAAGGACCUAUCAGAAUGGAGCAUCGGGAUCAAGCUAAGACGGUUGUUUGCCGUAGAUGUGGGAAGAUGUCUAUUUGA